AUGUCCGCAGAGGCAUCCUCAUCGACUUCAGCCGCACACGCUUCGGUAUUAACCCCCUCGGAAGCUCUUCCGGCUGAUGCUAUACACGUCAAGGGCCCCGACUACAAUCAGCCUAUCGAUUUGUUCCAGCUACUCGGGGGUUACGAACGGAUAGGGUUCCAGGCUACUGGGCUCGCUAGGGCCAUACAGGUCAUCGAGAAGAUGGUAAGUCGAAUCAUCAGGUUCCUUGCCCAGAACAAGUAUAUCGACUGCCUCGUCACAACAGCAGGAGGCGUAGAGGAGGACUUCAUCAAAUGCCUCGGUUCGACGGUUCUCGGCGAGUUCUCUCUGGACGGCGCGACGCUCCGCAAGAAGGGGCUGAACAGGAUUGGGAACUUGUUGGUGCCCAAUUCGAAUUACUGCGCGUUUGAAGACUGGGCGGUGCCGAUCUUGCAUGCGAUGGUGAAGGAGCAAGAAGAGGACGGGGCACGGUGGUCGCCGAGCAAAGUGAUUGCGAGGCUGGGGAAGGAGAUCAAUGAUGAGGAGAGCGUGUACUACUGGUGCUGGAAGAAUGAUAUACCAGUGUUCUGUCCAGCACUGACAGACGGAUCAUUGGGCGACAUGAUGUACUUCCAUACGUACAAGACCGACGCUCAACUCGUGGUCGAUAUAGUGUCCGACAUUCGCCGGCUGAACGAUAUGAGCGUUCAUGCGAAGCAGGCGGGGAUGAUAGUGCUGGGAGGAGGGGUGUGUAAGCACCAAAUAGCGAACGCUAUGCUGUUCCGCAAUGGAGCGGACUAUGCUGUAUACAUAAAUACAGGCCAGGAAUACGACGGCUCAGAUUCUGGCGCUCGCCCGGACGAGGCGGUAUCAUGGGGCAAGAUUCGCGCUGGCGCCGAAGCCGUCAAGGUAUAUGCCGAUGCUACACUCGUCUUCCCAUUAGUGGUCGCUGCUACCUUCGGCAAAGCACACUGGGCUGCCCAGGCUGAGGGGAAGUGA